UUUAUCUUGAGUUGCAGCAGCAGCAUUUUCUCAGGACUAAGAGGAAAAUUUAGCACUGUGUGGAUUUCAUCUCAGUUUUGAUGUCUUAAGGUAAGAAAUACUAAACUAUCAUUUAUUAUGGUAUUUUUUUUUUGUCAGUUUUGAAUGUGGGAAGACAAGCAAACAAAAAUUGGUACAGUACGUUUUAAUGCAUAUAAUGUGCAGUUUGAUGCAUGUAAAUUAAUUGGUAACCUCAUUUAUCAUUAAUUAAUAGUAUAAGCUAUCUUUUGCUUUCUCUCUGCUGCAGUUUCUGUGCUGUAUUUUGUGUUCCUUUUUUUUUGUGGAUGCUCAUGCUUCCCUUAGUAAUUAGCAGGUUCUCCUCUGUUGGAAAAAUGAAAGUCCAGUCUGUGUGUUUUUCAGUUGCUCUAGGCGGAAGCUGCCAGAUCCCGCUGCACUCAGCUGCCUCUGCGGGCCAUAAUUGAAACCAUUUGUGGAUCAGGUGGAAUUCUGGGACUUCUGGGCCUCACUUCAAACUCUUGGAGUGUGUUAUUUUCUCUUUUUCUUUCCUCCAGCCAGAAAGACUCUUACAUCAGCCAUCAUCCCCCCCAACCCCCCCUUCUUCCGUCUCUCUCUCUCACUUUCUCUCUCUCUUUCUGCUCCACUCCCAAAAAGUCCUCACAAGGCAGAGGUCAGUGACUCCAGCACUGAAUGCAUUAACUCUAGCGGUAGUUGUGGAAUAUAUCCUGAGACUGAUGGUUUCAUGAAAUCAAGAGAAGAAAUUGCAAAAGUAAGUGAAAUCCAUGUUUUUUCUAUCUUCAUUUCAUAUAUGAAACCAUUGACCUCAGGGUGGAAACUGGCUGAGAAGAAAGUUUGUUCCAGCACAGCUCAAUCCAAUAUAGAGCAUGUACCAUACUGGCAAAGACAUCAUAUAGGUCUACAGUAAAAGAAAUAUAGUCCCCUUUUAACCUGAGGUCAAGAGGGAGAAGACGUGCGCACAUUAUUUGCAUUUAACUUGGUUUUCUAAAGUAAGAAGUGUAAAUAAACAUAAAAAGGCAUUAACCCUGAAGCAGUUGGUUACGGAGAACUGGUAAACUGGAUUUAACAAUGUGUAACAGAUUCAGGUUAAAUUCAAUGUAUUAUGGUCUUGAUUUGAGAGUUAAGAGACUAACAUCCUCACAGCGUGUCUUUAGUGAAACCACCACGUGAAAGACUUGAUGUACUGUCUAAACAGCAGGUACAGUCUGUAGUGUAUGUUGUUGCUACUGACCUUCAGACCUACAGCUAGAACCUGUAUGAGAUAAGUAAAACUCAAGUACUGUGGAGGAGAGACUGGCUUACUUGGAGAACGGUGUGUACUCUUUACAAGCAUGUACCCCAGCAGGGUUUAAUGGACGUCUGUCCAACAGAAUUAUAACUGUUAUAUUACACAGAGGUUAUUUGUAAUAUGUGCCACAUACUGAUUAAAUACUUGACAUUUUAUCUACAGAAGGUUUGUUUGUGUAGCAUGAGGAAUCAAAUUGAAUCUAAUGCUCAUAAUUUCAUUUUAAGACAUUGUUGACAUUGUAUAUACUUUAAGAUGUUUGACCUGUCACCACACCUGAACUUUUAUUUGUGCAGAGAUGAGAUGAAGUUCAUCACGGUUCAUCAGCUUUUGCACCAUGUGUUCUUUUUGCUGCUUGCUACUGCUGCUGUACGAUGUCAAGUCAACCCAGGUACAGUCCUUUUUGUCUCUUUCACAUCCACCGUACUUCUAUCUUAAAACACAUAUUUUAUUAAAGAAAUCAAGAUUCACACAAGCUCAAAGGUUAACUCUGUUCCAUGCAAAUGUCAGGUCAAACAAAAAAAAAGAGAGAUAAAUUAAUUUUAUUGAACUUUAAGUUAUUGAAGUUUUAUCAAGGCAUGACAUUGAGCCUAAUGGCUGGGAUAUGUCUCCAAAAAAAUCUGUGAAUUUUUUUUUUUUUUUUUUCUUGUGGAUAAGUAUGUCGACAAGAUGUGGAAAGGAAGCAAUUUCAGGUGGGUGGGCUUAUAAUGCAAGAAUGUGGAGUGUGUGUAUGUGCAAGAUAGAAAGAGGGGGAGUGUGUGUAUGUGGUUUACCUAAUGGUCAGACAGCAAAUAUCCUCAGAACAGGCAAACCUUUCACAAGCAGGGGGCAUUCAUGGAAAAAUAAAGUUAGAGAAUUUGUAGGUGUUGCCACAGGUAUUACACACACACACACACACACACACACACACACACACACACGUAUGCUCUCCUGCUCACACAUGCAGUGAUUUCACUUUUGAAUAUUUUUCACUGUAAAAGGCUUAUUUGUCCUGCUGCUCUCAUGAAGCACACAUCAGGCGUUCAGUUUUCAGUGUGGGGCGGUGAUUAAAACACAGAGGUCGUCUAAUCACCAGGUGGAGAUGGUUAAAAUACACAGAAAUUGACCCACAGCAGAUGUAGGUGCAGUCUCUUGCUCCUAUGACUACUUCAAUGCAGUGACUGUUUUUGAAAAAUUUAUUUUGAGUUGAUUUAUUUCCAACUCCACAGACGCCAGAGCUGUAAAACUCAAAAGUCUCACUCACGUGGCUCUGCUAGAAAAUAUGAAGAAGGAAGAGCAGGCAUCUCUGAGGCCACUCCUGCCUCACUGUGCUUAGACUGGCACCCACACAGUGACGCCUCUGUUUGGCUUUAGAGGCCUGCAGGGCACCAGGAAAGGAGAUUUAGGGGGGAGGGAGAGGGGACCUGACCACUUUACACUCUCUCAUAUCCUGCAAACUUACAAAAAGGAUCAAACUUACACAUGAGAAAACACAAAAGCUGAAUCACAAAAAUGAACUUUAUAAAAGUGUGUUUCGGCGAUGCUCUGUAUGUGUUCCAGAAAUGUGCCGGUAUCCUCUGGGUAUGACCGGAGGGCAGAUUCAGGAUGAAGACAUCUCUGCAUCCAGUCAGUGGUCUGAGUCGACUGCUGCAAGAUUUGGCAGGCAGGUUUCGAAUUUUAUUUUGUUUUUGUUUUUUUUCUAACUUUAUAUCAUUUAAGGGAAAAAAUAUUGGAAAUCUGUCCUGGAUAAGUCUUGACAUGAAGAUGUUUAGAGGUUGAUUUUCAGCACUAUUGUAUGACAGUAAUCUAACCCUGAAGGCCAAAACUAUUCAAGUUCCCUCUCAGUUUUGCCCAAACCAACCACUCCCUAGUCAUAAAAAUGCCUAAAAAUUAAUGUUGCAAACAGUUGAUGUCAACUGUACCACAUAAAACAAUCAUUUUGUCACAGUUCUUGACCUCUCAGUCAAACUGCGAGGUCUUUAUCAGCAGUUGUCAUGAAUUUAAUGAUGUUUGAAUUGCAUGACAACUCAAUAUGACAGAAAAAAAAAACAUUUUACUCUUAGAGAGGGGUAGAGUGAAGUUGGAGGCUUGGCAUCUAUUUAAGUUUUCAACUUAUCUAAGUACAAACUGCCCACACUUUGGAUAAUUUUACUUAUUUUUAUAAAACAGUUUGUCUAUAUGUCUAUGUCUAUGCCAUCAGACUGCUAAAUGCCAAAUGACCCUCCAUAUAACCCCCCACUCCCACCAUGGCGCACUGUGUCCGUGAUUUUUUAUUAUUUAUUAUGUGUAAAUUAGAACGUAUAUCUUUUUAUACACACUAUCAUUUAUUUGUUUUUUAUUCCACUACCACUCUACCUCCAGAAAGUACAAUAUUACUCAGCAUGCUGCUAUUUUACCCUUAGGUUUCAUUGUUUUUAUUUUUUUCUGUAUAUUAAAUUAAACACCAUCAUCAUGUGAUAUGGAAACCAAGCAACGACAUUUCGUUGCGAAGAGGAAUUCACUGCUGUGUUUUAUUCUGUGCGAUGACAAAUAAAGAAAGUCUCUAAGUCUCUCUCUAGGCCAGAAAGGUAAAAAUGUUUGUACCUGACACGUUUCGGCUACCUUACCUCUGCAGUUUUCAUCAGAGGUGUCCCAUGAUGUUGGUGUGACGUUGUCUGUGAUGAGUUAUAUGGGUUUUGCCAUCCCACCUGAGAUGGCAGGAUGGAGCUUUCCCCCGGCAGGUACAAACAUUUUUACCUUUCUGACCUUUAUAGAUGAGCCGUUCUAUAAAUUUAUCACCAGCAGGCCAAAUGAACCCCUUUAAAAGAAAAAUGAUCAGUUGAAAAGAGAUGCACAUUGCCCAGUUAGAACAAAACCAGCUAAAACAGGAACAAUCAGAAGUUAAGAAGUCAACAAUGAAGGAUCUGAAGUGGGUCUAUGAAACAAGAGCGUUCAUUUUGUGGUGAGUUCCAGGAGGAUGGUGAAUAAAUGCCAAAAGCAGCUUUUCCAAGCUCAGAGUAAACCCUAGGAACCUGGAAUGUAAGUCAAUCAUUAGAGCUGGUUUCAUGUAGUCUAGAGAACCAAACUAGCAAGGAAGAAAACAUCCUAAUAUGUGCUCUAUUGAUGAACAGAUAGAUAUGCAAAUUAUGUCACAGAAAGAAAGGACCAACCAACUCUUGUACCAGAUGCAGUGAUGAUUGCUGUUAUGAUCGCCAACAAGAAAACUUGGUGUGGAAUUAAAAACUUGAAGAGGUUUAAAGGCUGCAGCCGAAACAUGCCUGUACAAAAUGUAUUGUAACCAUGUAACCACAAUCUAGCACUGAUGAACAGUUACCUCGACGAAAUUUAAAAUAUGAUUAAUACACUUACCCUGGCACCACUUUAGGUGUGACAAUGAGGUUCUUCAGGUCAAGUCUUUUCUUCGUUUACGACAAAUCUGUUUGGAGAGUACAAUAUCUUAAUCAAAGAAGCAGCACUGAAGAUGCACAGCAGACUGUACAUGAUCAGAAGUGCGAUCCAAUAUUAAAUCAUCAGCAUAAAGAUGAGACACAAUAUCUGUUAUGUAAUGAGUGAAAAGAACAGGAUAAUGGACAGAUCCUUGUGGGACACCAUUUGUAAUUUUAACAAAAUCUGAUUUUACAUUUGCUGCCUGCCCAUUUUAAUUAAUUUUAUUAAACUAGGAAAGCAUCAUUGAGGUUUAAAAUGUCCUUUAAGGGAGUGAUGUUUAUUUUUAUCAAAGCAAAUAUUUUCUAGCUUUUGAAAGAGCACUGCAUGAUUAACAUAUUAUAUACAACUGUUUCCUCUUCUCCCUCCUCUAUGCCUGUCUUGCAGCUUGUCUUUGCUACCUUGUUUUUACCCUUUCUGUCUCUCUACUUGAUCUCUCGCCCCUCCUCUUCUUCCUCUGCCUCUGCUUUUGUUUCUUCCUCCUCUUCAGACUUGACCUAGACAAUGGAGACGGUGAUGGAGCCUGGUGUCCUGACAUCAUGUCAGAGCCCGACGGCCUCAAAGAGUACCUCCAGGUGGACCUGCGCUCGCUGCACUUCAUCACACUGGUGGGAACCCAGGGUCGCCAUGCCGACGGAAUGGGUAAUGAAUUUGCCCAGAGAUACAGGAUCAAGUACAGCCGAGAUGGCACCAACUGGGUGGGCUGGCAUGAUAGGAAAGGAAGGCAGGUAAGGGUGUCUAGAUCUCUGUGUGUUAUAUUUCUUUUUCCCAGGAUAAUCAGAGGUACGGUUCACUUUAGGUCUGCACACUGUAUCCCAUUGUUAUUAGAAGUAGAAUUGUGUUGAACUGAAUUCAUAACAGGUUAUACUUUUUAUAGAAAGUACAUAAAGCUAUAGUCUCAUCACCCAUUGGUUUGUGAAUUGUCAUAUACACUAGAGUUUGGCUGCUGCAAAUCUAGAUUAUAGUAGCAAUCUUUAUCAACCGAGGCCAAAAGUAAUCAUACUUGGGCAAGAGUGUGGAACUGAAGAGAAAUGAGCAGGUAUCAGAUGUGUAAUCAUGGCUGAUUUAUCGGCAGGUGAAUGAGCUAGUUAACCUCGCUGUUUGACACAGAAUGAGGCUCUAUUUGUGGCAAGGAUUGAACUGAGAGAGCUUGUGGAGUAUGGCAGACUAAGUGUUUGGUUUAUUGCAUCAUGCAUGGCAGAAUAUUUCAGCCGCAACCCCUGGUGUGAAAAGUAAUGCUAAUGCAGAAGUGCAAAAAAAUGCAGUUUCUCAGGCAUCCACUUGAUGCUGGUUCCAAAAGCCAAAGAAGCCUUAAUGCCAAGAGGAUUAAAAGGUUCAUUUCUGCUGUAAAAUUAACAGUGUUCACAACCUUGUUGAAAAAAGGGUGGGUGUCUAAAUUGCAUUUCUGUAAUUGUAAUAACUUCAUGGAAGUUCUUUUUUUUUUUUAGCUUGUCUGUUUUGAUCAUACGCAGACAAAGAGUUGUGCUCAUAGACUGGAUAUAGAAUGGACGCCGUCUGCCUCCUCACUGGCUAAAGCCAUCCUGAGAACAGCAUCCUCUGUUGACGGGCUGCAGUAUAGGUCAUAAAUCCCGCCUCCUCCAGCCAUCCCUUAUGGAGCUGUGGACAAACUUUAGACAUUUAUCACACAGAAUAUGAAUUUUUCUCCACCCCCCGGUUGUGAUGUUGACAUACUGUCAGACUGGUUUGUGCUCAAGUCCUCUUUUUUCUGUGCAGCUCCAUUUUUUAAAGUUAUUAGGGGGUUCAUGUUUUCUAUGAUUGACACUUGAUACUGCCUACGGGCGUACGAAGAUGCGUGGCUCACCCAGGGGGAUACACUAGUUAAGCCGAGUGUCAUCACAGCGGCUCUCCCGCCGAAUAAUUACAACGCUAUUGCACAAGUGGUGGAGUGCAUGCAACCCUUCUGCACAAUGUUGGUUUCGGGAAGUUGAGAGAAGACACAGAAUUACUGAGAGCUUUUUGGCCUAAAUCUGUAUACUGGCAGAAGGCGGAACCAAGUUGUCCAUAGUAUAUACAGUUUAUGGUUGUGCAUAAUCAGGGAAUGUUGUAGGCAGGUGGCAAGGCUACAGCCUGAACAUGUUUUUGCUGGUCAGUAUAGUGAUUGGCAACUUUGGCCUUGUAGAAGAGUGGCAAACUCUGAUUAGGGCCCAUCCCACCUGCCAUUGGCUGAGAAGUGGGAUACACCCUAGACAGGUCACGAACCUAUCACAGCCACGACAUAGACCCAGGCAAAAAAUUCUCAUUUUUGGUGUUGGGUUGGUUGACUGACAGACUUCACAUGAUAAUUGUGACCAUCAUGAGGCCAUUUGAAGCCAAAGGGGUUGGACUAAUUGCUGACAGUGUUUAGUCACAGGGUUGCACAACAGCGUCUGCUAUUUCUCGUCUAUGUUUGUUUUUUCAGCCUGUCAUGGUCAUACCAUAACAGGACUGCAUUUACUCAGGGAUGUUGUUGCCAGAGCUUGACAAACUUAUCCUUUGACCUACUUACAUUUUCCACAUCAUCUUUAUCAUUCUGCAUUUGCUUUGUCAUUAUUUUUUUUACUCUUCACUCUUGCGUCUGCAGAGUGCCCCGUGCUCUCAUUGGUCAACAACUGUGAUGUCACGUAAACAAUUCAAUCCAAUCCAAUCCAAUUCACCUUAAUUUGUAUAGCCUUUUAAAAACAACAAGGUUACCAAAGUGCUCCACAACAGAUAAAAUAUAAAAAAGAUAAAAUGAAUUCAAAUAAAGUUAAAAUACAGUAAAUUUAGAGUACAUAAAAGCAAAAGGAAAAAAAUAUAUAUUAUAAUAAUAAAAGACAGAGACCACACAACUCUAAUGCACUCUAAAAGCCAAGGAGUAAAAUUAUUAUUUAUUGAGAUUUAAAAGUAUCCAGGGUAGGGGCCAUUUUGAUAUGGGUGGGUAGGUAAUUCCAUAGCUUAGGAGCUACCACUGAAAAAGCGCAGUCCCCCCUGGUCUUUUGUUGACUUUUUGGCACGACAAAUAGUGAAAAGCAGAGAGAAAAAUUUAACUUAUAGUGAGGUGGUCAAGAAGCAUUGCAAAUGUGAUUGAUUUCCCCAUUGAUCGUCUUUACUUCACAAGAUUAGUGGGUCCAGACACUCUACACCUGCUGGAUCAAGCUGUAAUCGCGCUUAAAUUGUGUUGUCUGACCUCGGCAUUAAGGCCCACCACAGUGCCAGCUCUUUUUUGGGGUAGAUCAAUGGUAAGGUUGAGAUAGCAUCAUGUCACCUGCAACUGUUUUGUUGAGCUUUAUUACUCUUCAAAAACCAGUGGGGGAUGUCAAAAACACUCUACAUCACAAUAAUCCCUGGGUAAAGCCGAGAAAAAAGUUUCAAUCCUUUGUAUAGGCUGACACAAGCAAACCAUUUCACAGAAACACUGAACAAGCUGACAAGAGAAGUUCGAGUAAAGCAAACACUGAUACCUGCUGAUUAGCACUAUCGUUUACACAAAACAGCACUAGAAUUUGACCCGCUGUAAUUACUGGAGUACUUGUGUUUUUGGGAAGCUUUAGAGUUCAAUAAACUGUUCAACAGGCUGUUCCGCCUAAAAAGGCACCAACAACAGAAACACAGCUGAGGUGUCAGGUUGAGUGGCACUGAUGAGCUGACACCUAUCAGACAGCCAGCAGAAACACUCACCUGUGAUUCAGGCACUGACACAAAUGAUGCAAAACUUUCAGACUGAAUUUCAUUGAAACGGGUGAGUGAUAUGAAAAUGAAUCCUUAGUAAAACUGACAUGAAUAGAAAAUGAGCUGUAGACGGCAACAUAGUUUACUUCUAACGUAAAGCUUGGUAUUUUCAUAUGAGGUCUUGUGGGAUUGAGAGGAUUUUGCAGCAAAGUAUUUAUUUAUCAAACCAUCUGAUGUGAAGACUUCCCUUGUCGCUGCUGAGAGAUGUCAGGAUGUGGGAUCAUAAGAUAACAGCAGAUAGUUUUAGGUGUCAUCAGUUAGGUAAAACUCACAUUAAAGCAGGCAAGAGAUAAAUGACACAAAUUUUUCUGGGAUUUUCCAAAACAAAGCCAUUUGUCAAUCACAGUUUUUCACUAAAUGCUGUGGAGCACACAUCAACUUAAUAUACAGCAGUAUAGUUUCACUACAACACAGAUUUCCUUGAGGAAUCAAACAUUAUUAGCACGUCAAGACUGUUUGUAUGCUUUCAUUUUUAUCCCUGACACGUCUCACUCUCUCUCCCAAUCCUCUCUGUGCUCCCUGCCUCUCCUCUGCCAGGUGAUUGAGGGGAACAGGAAUGCAUACGAUGUGGUUCUGAAGGAUCUGGAGCCUCCUAUCAUAGCUCGCUUUGUGCGCUUCAUGCCUGUGACAGAUCACUCCAUGAUCGUGUGUAUGAGAGUGGAGCUCUACGGCUGUGAAUGGCUUGGUUAGUUUGUCUGUUUAUUUCUUAAAAUGCUAGUUUAGGUUGAUUUUUUUUUUUUACUUUUAGGUGUAAAUAGAAAAAUCUUAUUCACUUUCAUUGAUCAUAUCACAUACACUUCCAGUAUGAGUGCUGUCUUGAUCACCAAAUAUGAUGAAGACUAAACUUGGUUACUUUACAUGACUGAUAAUGGGAUAUAAUUAUCUUGGUUGUAUCAAACAUCUAGUGUAAUAUGUCAUAUGUCAAAGUUAUUAGGGGGGUUCAUGUUUUCUAUUAUUGACACUUGAUACAGCCUAUGGGCGUACAAAGAUUGCGUAGCUCACCCAGGGGAUACGCUGUUUGAGCCGAGUGUCAUCACAGCGAGUCUCGGCGACUCUUCCGCCAAAUGCGUACAAUGCUACUGCGCAAUGUUGGUUUCAGGAAGAGAAAAAAAUACAGAGAGCUUUUUAACUUCAAAUCCAUAUACUGGUGGAAGGCGGAACCAAUGUGUCCAUAGUAUAUAGUACAGUAUAUGGUCAUGACACUGCCCAUAAGACAUGAUGAAAAUUAAGGAAAAUACACAGUCAGCUAAAUUAUGCAAAAGUUUAUAACAAACGGCAUCAAAAUGGCAUCAAAUCCUGGUUUUGAGGACUUUGUGAGACGUGUACUUACAUAUGGCUGUCUUUCUGACUUGAUUCUGUUAGGCCAGUCAGGAAAAAGUCUGCUAUUCCUAGAAAAACUGUAGGCUAUAAAAGAGAAAUUUACAAUAUGCACACAAGGUAAAUGUCAACAAGAACUCAACUGUGUUUAAAAACUGAUGAAUAGAAAACAUCACAGACUCUGACAGACAGGAGGCAGAAAAACUCAGUCAGAUGCUGCGCUGAUUCAGCCCUGUUCACCUUGUUUAACUCCAGCAUCAGUGGAAAUGUUCCCUUUGGUGUGACUAAUAACAGCGGAGCAAGCUCAUUUUAAGACGCCUGCCGAGUUCAGGGUUACUUCUGAAACAGCUCAAACUGUGAGUGUAACAGAGUGUUUUUAUAGGAGAAAAGUUAGUCCUUUUAAAUCAGCAUUUUGUGUUAAAUUAUUGAUUCCUUGAGUAACCAUGUAAAUGUCAGGAUUAGAUAGAAAAAGCAGGUGUAUAUAGUGAGGUAUAUCUGCUAUAAUAACCUAUUCACUGUGCAUUAUACCCCAUAAUUAUCCCACUUUAAACCAUGAAGUGAUACAGUCCUUUUGUCUGUCAUUUACUCCAUGUAAUCUUGUCUCUUCUAUCUUGGCUUUGAGCCUGUAAUAAAGUUUAAACUGAACUGACUUAAUUUAUAUAAUUACUAUAUUUUUCUAACCUCUGACCUUUGACCUGUUCUUUGUAGAUGGUCUGAUGUCCUACAGUAUCCCAGAUGGGCACCAAAUGAUCUACAGAGGCCUGGAUGUCUAUUUUAAUGACUCAGUUUAUGAUGGAGCGUCUGCUGAAAGGUCUGGAUUUUACUGCUUCAUAAAAACUCUGUAAUAACAGCUAUCUCAAUCAUUUUUGCUUGUUAUGAUUCUCUAAAAAAUGGACCUGAAUUUUCUCCACAUUUCAAAGAGUAUUUCCUCAUUAACAGACAAGAUUUUAACUUCUAACACUGUCUACUGUUUUUCUAUUCAUCCCUUAUCUAGACUAACAAAAGGACUGGGUCAGCUGACAGAUGGUACCUGGGGUCUCGAUGAUUUCCUCCACAGCCACAUGUACGGCAUGUGGCCCGGCUAUGACUUUGUUGGCUGGAGUAACAGGAGCUUCCCCAAAGGCUAUGUGGAGAUGAUCUUUGAGUUUGACCAUGUGCGAAACUUCACUUCCAUGAAGGUGAAACUCUGGGUAGACUUUUAGAGUCGCACACCAAACAGCUAGAUGUUACAAAAUUGAAUUAUUACAGAAUAUGCUGAGGUGACACUGCUGCAAAAUGAGUCGUGCUGCACAACGUUGGGCAAGCAUCCAUCUCCUGUAGCUGCUGUGAUUUUUUUAUUGAGACAUAAAAUAUAUGAAAUGAUGCAAAGUAGCCCUGUAUAAUGAGACCAUUUGUCAGAGGAUGGGUAGGAGUUGUGUCCAGACAUGACAGAUUUUUUUAGGUACAGCACAGCAAAACAGAUUAGUCAUCACUACACCUGCUCCUGCACUAUCCUCUGACUCUUCUCCAUCACAGAUACACUCAUCAAAUAGAGACAAAGAAGAAAAGCACUUUUUUUCCCUUUAGAUUUUUGCGGGAUGGUUGAAUAUUUGCAGAUCCUUGUUUAGUGAAUUUGUGUGCUUUGGCUAACAGAUUCAAACUCCACCUCCUCAGGUUCACUGUAACAACAUGUUCAGCAGAGGGGUUCGGAUGUUCAGACAGGCUGGCUGUUACUUCCGCUCAGGAUCAGACUGGGAGGCUGAACCUGUGACUUUCAGGCCCUCUGUGGACCGUGUGAGCCAGAGCGCCCGUUUUGUCACCGUGCCGCUUGGGGACCGCACAGCCAGCGCCAUCAAGUGCCGUUUCCACUUCAGUGACAUGUGGAUGCUGUUCAGUGAGAUCGCCUUUCAGUCAGGUAGAAGGGAUCAAAGUUUUCUUCACUCAUCAAGUAGCUAUCUCCUCUUUGACUUCUUAUUCUUCUCUUUUAGGCUCAGCAGUCUACAACAAUUCUUUGACUCCUCGCAAACAUGGACACCCAACAAACACACUACCAGGUCAGCACUUAAACACCGUUUUCAUUUUUUCCAUCUUUGUCUUAAGUCAACAAAGUAAAGCAGUAAACACACCACAAGAAUGAUUUGACCAGUUGAUUUCUGCAUUGGUAUAAUGGUGCAGCACUUGAGUACUUACUGUAUCAUAUCAUAUCAGAUAUCAUAUCAUACCCAUUUGUUGCUGCAUGGCAACAACUCAAGUCUUUGUCCAGAAAAACAUACUGCAACCGAAAUGACAGAAGAGGCAUUAAAAAGAAACCGAUUCUUCAGUGCACAUACCAGCAAGAUAAACGAGAUAUCUUGUUUUAAGAGCUGGGACUCUGGUUGCUGGGGAAAAGAGUCUUUGUGUGUGUGUGUGUGGUGCAAAGUGUUCACCACCAAAACUGAGAAAUCUGUCAUCAGUUGUGAUCAUGUGUGGAGUCUGCCUGAAGGUAAUGUGGCAAGAAAACACAAAUAUCUAGUCCAUCCUAACUAUUAUUAUUUUUUUAAAACUUCAUUCAAGUCAUCAAGUGAGUAAAAGUGUAUUAAUCAUAAAUGGUGACGGUGUUGGCCUGACCUUAAACCCAUGACUCUAGCUCUUCAAACAUUUUUGCUUUCCUAAAAUUGAAAAUAACAUCUGAGAAAUAUCUAAAGCUCCCAUGAGAACCUUUCUGUUUGUGUUGACUUUGCAGCCUCCUCCUCCGGAGAAAGUGAUAGCUUUUAAAUCAUUGCUGAUUACAUCUCAUCUUGGUGAAUAUUUGCUGUGGGAAAAUGACUGAGGCUGUUUUUCCAGCAUACCUCUUUACAACACUGAGAUCAUAAUAUAGAAACUGUGAAUCAUGUCAUCAGGUAUCUCAUUUGCUUUUGUAAGUUAUAGAAACAUAACACUGUUCAUUAUAGUCUGUUUCAUGUCCUCUGAAAAACCCCUCACAAGAGAUAUGAAAAUGUAUUUCUUUUCUAUAACCUUGCUUGUCAUUGAAAAAGGCAUACAAAGUAAAUGCAUGUUUGGUUAUCAGUAAAAUUUCAGGUUUUUUCAACAUUAAAAUGUGUCAGUCUUCCUGUUUGCUCUGUUUUCAGUGAUGUUUAAGAUUAAGCAAACUAUUAAUCCUUUGAGUUUUUGACCCAGGCUGUUAAAAGGAAGGGGAUAAAGAAGAAUCAUUAAAAAAAAGCUUCUUUUUUAUAUACAGAUAAAAUACCUAAAUAUGUAAAAUCUGACCUCUUUAAUAUGUAAUCUCACAGGCCAGGUUUUGACUCCUGCACAUUUAAAGGUUGUUUAUAUCAGCUUUUGGUCAGUAUAACACUGCCCCCUGCUGUUAGAAACAAAAUGAUCUCACACUGUAAUUUUUCUCUCUCUACCGGCACUUUCUGCGAUAAAGCAUGAGGGGGAUUAAACAAGAAAUAUACUAUAAAAAGAUCUUGAACUGUGUCGGAUUAAAUUUAAUCCACCAAAACUCUCAUCUGUCCAUUUGGUCAGCAGAUGAUCCGACUCACAAGGUGGAUGACAGCAACACCAGGAUCCUGAUUGGCUGCUUGGUGGCCAUCAUCGCCAUCCUUCUGACCAUCAUAGUCAUCAUCCUGUGGAGGCAGGUGUGGCAAAAGAUGCUAGAGAAGGUGAGAAGAAAGUGCUUGUGUUGGUUCUGUUGUAGUUGUAUGAUUCCCCCUUUGUCAAUACUUGUGGAUGACAUUUUCAAGGCCUUAUAUUCCCUUUGAUUCAGACUCAAUUACUGAGUUACUAAAUAAAGAGAAAAGGAAUUCAGUCAUGUAAGGGCUGAAGAUUAAAUAUCAAUUUUAAAAAAGUGAAAACUAAGCGGUAAACAGGACUAUUCACAUACUCGGGUGCUGGUCAGUUGAAGGAACACACACACAGAAAUGGACUGCCCCACACUGAAAUGGCUUGUAGCAUCCUCAGGUUUGCCCUGUGCAUAAAUAGGCAGUCAAAGCUGUGUUAAAUACACAUGAUUAUGUGUGAAAAAUGUUUCAACAAAAACCAUGUAGAUAUCAGGGUUACACGACCAAAAACAAAAAGACAGUACUGUAAAACAAACACAUAGAGCCCCCUAGUGGCUAACUGUGAAAUUUGUUCAUAAGAGAAAAAUCAAAAUAAUAUUGAACAAACCUAAAGAAAAUACUUAGGAACAUAAUUUUUUCACUUGUUUCUGAUACAUAGGCAGACUAAUUCAUAAAUUAAAGACAGUUCCUAUCAGGUUUUAUUUCCGUGCCAGAGAAGACCUAUCAUUGAGGAGGCGGGACUGUGAAUGGCUUUGUCGUUAUAGGGGAAAGCUUUAUGAUGCGAAAUGGACUAGUUCACGAAAUAAAGAACAGCUGAUUGAUAUUAAAAAGUCUCCUAAAGGGAGUGAUAGCAAGAAAAAAGUUUAUUAAAAUAAAACAUUUCAUUUUGAAUGCAUUGAAUCACUUUCAUGAUCUGAGUGAGAUUGAGCAUAAAACUGACUUUUAGUUUUUUUAUAUAUAUAUAAAGAGGUAGUAGAUAAUUGAUAAUUUUGCAUCCUAUGAUACCCUGAUAGUGUGAGAGCUCAUACAUCACCUGUUUUGUGUUCAGCCUUUAUGAAGACCUCAUAAACAUUAAAUGAGUGGAAUAUUGGGGUGGGUAUUUCUAGAGACAACUGUCAUAAAACACACAUCAGAUGCCAAAUCUUAUCCUUUCACAUGUUUUAUUUUUAACAGGCCUCUCGUCGGAUGCUGGAUGAUGAGCUGACAGCUCGCCUUGCGGUCCAGACUCAGGCUUUCUCCUCCCAACACUCCUCUCUGACCAGUGAGGGUGGCUCCACCUCCAACUCUACCUAUGAGAGAAUCUUUCCCCUCUGUGCAGACUACCAGGAGCCUUCACGCCUCAUCCGGAAACUACCUGAGUUUGCUCAGUCCACAGAUCACCUUGGUAAAAACUGAAACAAAUCAAACUGUAGUUGUGGCUAUAAAGCUGCAGCUGUUGAGAUUAAGUGCCUUUGUGUGUGUUUCCAUGAUAGACUCAGGCUCCUCCAGUAAAGCUCUUCCAGCCACUGUUUCAGACGGAGCUCCUCAUUAUGCAGAGGCGGACAUCAUCAGCCUGCAGGAGGCUUCAGAUAGCGGCACAAACUCCACCACAGCUGUCAGCAUGAAUCUGUUUGCUGGCACCGAAUCUUCCAUGAGAGAGUUUCCCAGACACAAGCUCACCUUCAAGGAGAAGCUGGGAGAGGGCCAGUUUGGAGAAGUGAGUGCACUUUGGUACCUCUAAUGUUUGCUGGCAAUGAUUUAGUAGUUUAAAAAAAUACACUUAUGCACCAUUGGGCUCUUUCCAAGAGUGUUUUGUUGAUGUAACUUUGGGGGUUUUAAUUUGAAAACUGAAUGAUAGCUCUGUAUUUAUGGCUGCAGUAAAAAUACGAGUGAAUGAUGACAAAUUGGUUUCACUUUGUGGUAUUAAACUGAGCUAAACAGAUGGCUCCAUGUGCUGCCAAGUGUAUAAUGGGCUAAAAAAGUACUUUUUCAAACAGGUACACUUGUGUGAGGCAGAGGGCAUGCAGGACUUUUUGGACGAAGAUUUGGCUGUUGAUGAAAACUCAGACUCACCUCUGCUGGUGGCCGUGAAAACACUGCGGGAGGAUGCCAACAAAAAUGCAAGGUGAACCAAAAUGUUUCUUUUCUCAGUUUUCAAUAAUGAAAAAAGGCAAAGAGUGCACAAGUCAAGAUUGUUAUAAUUAAACUGGAUAACUAUUCCGUCAUGGAUGUUUGUCACCUGCAGGAAUGACUUCCUGAAAGAGAUACGCAUUAUGUCUCGUCUGAGGGACCCCAAUAUUGUGCGUCUGCUGGCGGUGUGUGUGGACACAGACCCGCUGUGUAUGAUCACUGAGUACAUGGAGAAUGGAGACCUGAACCAGUUCCUGUGCAGCCUGAGACGUAAACAGUUUCAAGAGGACAAUAAGACAGAACAAGAGGAGAAAGAAGGAAAGAGCAUGGUCAGGUAGGCCCACAGACUCACAUUAGACUGACACUGAGAGGAAAUAUGUAGAGUAAACAUUAUGUUAGGGGAAAAGAUAUUGCAAUUUUAAUAAACUGCUUGUAUCUCUCCUGUAUUGAAUAAUGCAGCAGGGAUAUGGAGACAUAACAAAUUCAAAAUCACAGACUCCAUGCUGUACUUUAUUUAUUCAUAAGUUUGCUUUUCUUCGGCUGCUCAGGGCGAUAUUGGUUGCAUCCCUUGAUAAAUAAGGUGCAAAUGUAAAAUGAUUGUGUACCUUUUGUGUCAGAAAAUUGAGUCAUUAUGAAGGUAUUUUUUAUUCUUUGGAGUAAAUCACACAAUUUCCCGCAGGCUUUAGAGCUUUGUGCUGUUGCCUUGGGAGCUAAAUUAUGACAUCUCAAGAAAUCAUUUAUCUUGUAGUGGGAACAAAAUUUGAGAAAGCUACCUGCUCCAUUAGAAGAAAAUGGUAGAAGAGUAUCUUGUUAAAACCACAUUUACACCCACUUGAACAGAUUCUUUAAGGUGUUUGAGGGUUUCAGAGCAUUGUUGAGAAUAGCACUCGUUCCUUAGCCUCUUGAAGCUUGUAAAAUGAUUCAGGAGGGAUGUGUGGUGUUAAUUAUGUGAGAUAUGCACAGUCAAGUAUGAAUCACAUCAUCUCUUGUAUUGUGCUUAUUUUCUUGAGUUAAGAACACCUUUAAUUAUGAAAUGUAUGUUUUUAAAAUCAUGAUUUUAGUCACCUUUUCCAUGUAUAAGUGGCACACUUCUAUUUCUAAACAGAAGGAUAUUAAUCAAACUUGUAAUUUACAAAGUGUAUGUGUCUUUUUUUGAGCUGCAAAUAUCCCUAAUUUGUAAAACCAUAACUGAAUGAAAUACCAACCUAUACCUUCUCUUUCAGCAAACUUAUUGGCAUGGCUGUACAGAUUGCAUCAGGUAUGAAGUACUUGUCAUCUCUGAACUUUGUCCACCGUGAUCUGGCAACACGAAACUGCCUUGUGGGUAAAAACUUCACCAUAAAGAUCGCUGACUUUGGUAUGAGCAGAAACCUUUACAGAGGAGAUUAUUACAGGAUCCAGGGCCGGGCCGUGCUGCCUAUUCGCUGGAUGUCAUGGGAGAGCAUCCUGCUGGUGAGUACUGUACAUGCUUUACCAUGUGUGUUCAUUUUAAGGAAGUAUAUAAAAUAUGAGCUGUGAUGCACAGACAGAUAAAUCCAAAAGGAGGCCUGAGCCAACACAUGUCCUCAGACUCAUUCACUUACCCUAAAUGACCUCUAAAUCAGCCUCCCCUAAAGAGAAAGAAAAAUAAAAUGAAAUUUGGAAAACAAUGUGUUUGAACCACUUGUACAGCCACCAUGUUAAGCGUAUGUCAAAUUACAUAUGAAUUUCACAUUGCCUGUUUUCUUAGGGUAAAUUCACCAUGGCCAGUGAUGUGUGGGCGUUCGGGGUGACUCUGUGGGAGAUCCUGACUCUGUGUAAGGAGCAGCCAUACUCACAGCUCUCUGAUGAACAGGUGAUUGAAAACACAGGAGAGUUCUUCAGGGACCAGGGCAAACAGGUGAGCAGCACACAGGUUUAAGCGUCGAGUCUAAUCUGUUUAUGGUCUUAGUUAUUGUUAGUGACUGUUUCCUUGUGGGAAACAUACAAACUAGUCCUGCAUUUUCUAUGCAUUUAUGAAAUGAAAUACUGCUUAAUGCCUUUUAUUAGAUUCAUUUUGAUUAGAUAGAACUUAUUGAUUCUUUUGGGCAAGUUUCCUCAGAAAAAUUAAGAACAUUAACACUAGUGUCUUGAUUUAUACAUUACGGCAAAGUUACCAAAGUUGCAUGAGUUACACACUUUUUUUAGUUAAAGACACACAAACAGGCCAUGAAGUUCAGCCAACUUUGCACAGAAACAGUCUAUAGAUACAGUAUGUCGAUCAGAAGAAGAAUCAGCAUGUCUACUUUCACCAGUCUUCCUUUGUACAUUUGCUUGAGUAGUGUAUUUACUUAUGCCGACCCCGGACCUACACUAAUUUCAUAAUGUAUCCCUCAGGUGUACCUGCCCAAGCCCCCGUACUGUCCUGAUUCAGUCUACAAUGAUCUGAUGCUGAGCUGCUGGAGGAGGAAUGCCAAACAGAGGCCGAGUUUUCAGGAGAUUCACGCUCACUUGAUGGAGAGUCUGGCAUAGCAGUCGGGACAGAUCGUCUCUCUCUGCCCUGCACUGCCACAUUUUCUCUCCUCAGUCUGGAUUUAUAUGGAGUCAGAAACCAACAAUGACAGUUUUCAAAAGUUUUUUGCUUUUUUUUACUGCUAUGAUGCUGUAAAUAGUAAAGUAUGAAGGGAUGUUGUACACUUGAAUGGAGCUUUAACUCUUAUAGUAGAUAUUAUGCAAUCUAGUACUCUUAACAUCUCUGUGUAUUUAUUUAAUUCUUUUUAUUCCCUGUAUCAUGUCUAUUUAUG